AUGACCCUGGCCGGAACAGUUCAGGUCCUAGAGUGUCCUACAGGAGGUUGCAGAGCACUGAUGAUAUCUGCGUGGGGGAUCCUUUUCCUGCUCUGGGGGACGGCAGCCACCAGUAGCUGCCCUCCUCUAUGCACCUGCCAUGUCCUGGAAACCCUGGGGUUGUGGGUGGACUGUGUGGGGCGCGGGCUCUCAGCCUUGCCUGCCCUGCCCAUCCACACCCGCCAGCUCCUCUUGGCCAACAACAGCCUGCGCUCUGUGCCCCCCGGCGCCUUCGACCACCUGCCGCAGCUGCAGCUGCUGGAUGUGGCUGAGAACCCGUGGCACUGCGACUGCAGUCUCACCUACCUGCGCCUCUGGCUGGAGGACCACACGCCCGAGGCCCUGCAGCAUGUCCACUGCGCCAGCCCACCCCGAGCCACACGCCGUCCACUGGGCCAGCUGACCGGCCAUGAGCUAGGCAACUGUGGCUGGCAGCUGAACGAGCCAUGGAUCCAGAACAGGAUCUGGUGGGACGUGGGGCUGGUGAUUGUCGCCCUGCUAAGCCUGACACUCCUGGCAGGGCUGCUCUGCACAGUGUCACAGUCCCAGGACUAG